GUAGUGACGUGUCCGGCAUGCUCACAGUUUGCGACCGUGCUUGUUAUUUUUCGCGGCUGACUCGUUAGGUUUCAAAGCGUGACAAUUUAACAGCAAUAUCAAAGUUUCAACGCAAUGUCUUUCAACGACGACGACUCCUCCGACAUCGGACCGACCGGACAAUCCAAACUGGAGAGCUUCCUGUUCAGCCAAGAGCUGUCUUCAAAAGUCCCUUUCUUCACUUUCCAGGGGGAUGAAGAGGAGGACCUGGAGCACUUCCUCGAACUCAGAACAAUUUGUUUGGGAGAGGGUGCCAAGGAGGAGAGUAACGUUGUGGAGGUCACAGCCCUGAACCACCAAGGAAAGAACAUUUCAGUGCCCAUCGCCAACCUUCACAUCAGCUGUCUGCCCAUGGUGAGUCUGGGAGAGUUUGAACUGAAAGCCCCGGUGACCAUCCGGCUCAAGGCUGGGACAGGACCAGUAACUGUCAGCGGGCUACACCUCAUAGCCUCCCAGCCGGAGGAGUCCGACCUGUCUGAGGACGAUGACGAUGAUUUUGAUGAGGACGAUCACGAAGAGAUCACUCCUAUUAAACCAGCGAAGAAGAAGCUGAGGCAGUAGGUUGGAGAGCCCCCCCCCCCCCCCCCGAUGGCUUCCUGGAACAGCUGCAAUCAUUUCCUUUAAGAAAUAUGAGGGAGGAUUCUUUUUGUACCAGACGGAGACAUUAAAUGCUGAAAUUGUCGCCUCUUCACUCGUCCGUUUUCUCACUGUCGCUCAGCAGUUUAUUCCACUGCUGUGAAGACUUUCACUUUAAGAACGUUUUUUGCUAUUCAGUGCUACCCAGCGAUUUAUUCUGUAUCUGAUACAGUCAACACUUUUAUGUGCACCAGUGAUGGAAAAUGUCUUUAACCACCAGUGGGUUCAUGAGUUGUUUGAUGAUGUCAUCCCCAAAAAAAAAAAAGGUGUGUGAGUGUUCGAGUCUACGUGUGUCGUCUAUGAUUCCAACUUAAAGGUGCAUUCAGAUUACUUUCAUACCCACGACUCAUUAAAUGUACUCGGUGCAUUAGAGUAUUCAAACCUCCAGUUGUAUGUCCUUUCAAAAUACUGUUUUUCUAUGUGAUGUGACAUGAAUGUGAAGAUUUUGUACUUCACAGUGGAAAGCAUCAAGGAAGCACUUGCUUGUGUUGACUUGUACUCUUCAUGUGAAUUAAAGAAAGUUAAAGAGUCA